CGAUAGAGGUCAACGAUAUUUGGUAAGUUUUGAUCAGUCAUCAAUUGUAGCCAAGAGGGGUGAUACCAAGCGCAGAGGGUCUGACCCAAUGUUUGCCAAAUUGAGUCUUGAUCAGGAAGACCAUCAAUAAGGUGGGUUGUUAUCAGGGCAUAGAGUCGAGCUUUGAGGAGUGUUUAUUUGAAGCUUGGAUGUUGUCACUGGUCGCUGAAAGCAGUUUGACAUUUGCUGCCACUCCACUGGGCAUGUCAGAAAUCAUACGCACCCGAUACUCAACUUGCGCGAAUGUCCAAUGAAUGGUCUUGACUGGCACAAGUGAUGGUUGUCGGAUGCCGGAAGAUGUGGCUGUGGCAUGUGAAUGGCGGAGUCGGGAAACAAGCUUACUCAGCUUGGGAAUAUGGAGAACAGGUGGCGGUAGUUGACCCUGAAACUUGAACAUUCAAGCUGCUGCCAUCUUCUUGUUGAACAGUAACAGCAACAUAUCGCAAACAUGAGAUUCGGAUUGAUCGCAUCUCUCGCCCUGGCUGGCACUUCUGCCGCCUCGGCCGUCAUCGACCUCAUCCCCAAGAACUUUGACGACAUUGUUCUCAAGUCUGGAAAGCCCUCUCUUGUCGAGUUCUUUGCUCCCUGGUGUGGCCACUGCAAGACUCUUGCUCCCGUCUAUGAAGAGCUUGCUUCUUCCUUCGAGUUUGCCAAGGACAAGGUCAACAUUGCAAAGGUCGAUGCCGAUGCCAACAAGGAGUUGGGCCGUAGAUUCGGUGUCCAAGGCUUCCCUACCCUCAAGUGGUUCGAUGGAAAGAGCGAUACUCCCCAGGACUACAACAGCGGCAGAGACCUCGAGAGUCUCUCUGCCUUCAUCUCCGAGAAGACUGGCCUGAAGCAGAAGAAGAAGGCCGUCGCUCCCAGCAACGUCGAGAUGUUGAACGACCAGACUUUCAAGACCGAGAUUGGUGGUGACAAGGAUGUCAUUGUUGCCUUCACCGCCCCUUGGUGUGGACACUGCAAGACUCUUGCUCCUAUCUGGGAGAAGCUCGCCAACACCUUCGCCAACGAACCCAACGUCCUCAUCGCCAAGGUUGACGCCGAAGCCGAGAACGCAAAGGCCACUGCUCAGAAUCAGGGCAUCAAGGGCUACCCUACCAUCAAAUUCUUCCCCAAGGGUUCCAAGGAGCCUAUCACCUAUGAGAGUGCUCGUUCCGAGGAGGCCCUUGUCAAGUACCUCAACGAGAAGGCCGGUACUCACCGUACCGUUGGUGGUGGUCUUGACAUCACUGCUGGCACCAUCGCCGCUCUCGACAGCUUCGUCUCCAAGUAUACCAGCGGUGGUGCUCUUGAGACCAUUCAGAAGGAGAUUUUGGCCGCUUCCGAGAACAUCAAGGACACCUACGCUCAGUACUACGUCAAGGUCUUCAACAAGCUUGCCGAGAACCCUGGAUACGUCGAGAAGGAGUCCAAGAGACUCAACAACCUGCUCAAGAAGGGUGGCCUUGCACCUGAGAAGGUUGACGACCUGACCAAGCGCAGCAACAUUCUCAGCAAGUUUGUCGCCAAGGUCCAGAGCGUCAAGGAGGAGCUUUAAAUGAUCAAGCAAGUUAUAUCACGAUAAAAGGACAUGCCAGCAAAUAGAUGAUGCAGGGUAUCAAAAUAUGUUUAUUCUAGUCAUGGUGCUUUUCGUUCUUGCCG